AUGGGAUCAAAUGAUAUAUACAUGAUCGAGUGGGCGAAACCGUCCGAUCUAUCGGAGAUCUUAUCGUUUCUUCGUGAAAAUUUCGAUAAAGAAGAGACUGUGCUGAACAGCAUAAAAAAUAAUAAUUCUCUAACAGAGGACGAUCUGAAUGAGAUGUGGAACGAUCACGAACGGCUGAUAAAGACGAUAUUCGAAUUUUCACCUUGUCUGCUAGCUCUAGAUAAAUCAACGAAGAAGAUAAUUGGCGCGAAUCUGAUGAUCGUCAGUCGAAAUUUGAAAUCGAAUGACAGACCUGGUGGAGUCGACGAAGUGUUCAACGAUAAUCCACCUGUCACGAAAUUAAUGAAACAGUAUUUCGAUUGUUUCUCCGAGAUCGAGGAAAAAGCAGAGUUGCACCUGAAUUUCCCGAAUGCUAACGCAGCCGUGGAGUUCUAUGCGGUGGCAGUGGAUAGGAAUUAUCGUAAAAUGGGCAUCGCGACAGGUCUAAUGAAAGAAGGAGUAACUUUUGCGAGAAACACUUUUCAGGAUAGUGGAUUCGUUUUUGGAAUAUGCACGUCUAUCUUCUCGAAGAAGGCAAUUCAAAAAGUGGGACUCGAGUCUGUCUUUGAGGUGGAUCUACUCGAGUACAAGGACGAUUCUGGAAGGCCCAUUUAUCAAGACACUGCUCCGCAUAAUACUGUAUCCCUAAUGGCCCUGGAGCUUUAG